UAUAAGCUGAAUCUACAGUUUAGAAGCUUUGAAGACAUUUAUUGAGAAGAUGGCUGGAACCUCGGAUCAAACAACUUUUCUGGCUUGGUCCAUCUUCAACACUUUAUGUUGCUGUUUUCCACUUGGAAUUGCAGCGAUUGUAUUCUCAUGCAGAGCAGACACGGCUAAUAAAUCUGGAGAUACCACCAAAGCUCGUGAUUCCUCCAGGACAGCCAGGAACCUGAACAUUGCUGGAGCGGUGAUCGGGAUUAUUCUCAUCAUUAUUAUUAUUGUGGCAAGUGUGAUGAACAAUUCAAAAUGAUCUGAGCAACAUUAUCAUGUGACUGGAGAUUUAGUAUUUUCAUAUAUCAAACAAACUGUUUUGUCAAACUCCAAGGAUGAUGAAGCCUUCUUGUUCUCCGACAUCAGACUGACAAUCAUAGCCACAUGUUGCUUAGUUUUAGGAAGAAACUGCUUAAAAUAUGUGAUGAAAAUCUAAAAAGUUGCCAUGAUAUUCAAGACUGUAAAUUGAAAUAUAUAAUCUUUACAACGAAUGAAAUC